AUGUUUUUGGCUCAGAGCUUUGUGGUUUCAUUGCUGGCUGUUGCAGGCCUUGCCCUUCCCAGCAAUGAGGGUGCCAAACACCAUGCAAACUUGGCUCGCAGUGUGAAAUAUGCCCCCAAGGAGCCGCCUUUGACAACUCCAUGGACCGACAAAGUCGGCACAAAGCCAUGGCCUGAGUACCCCCGGCCACUGCUGCAACGGUCUGACUGGAAAAAUCUCAACGGCAUAUGGAAAUAUCAAAAUGCCUCUGAUUUGAACGCUGUCGACUCUCCUCCCUUUGGACAGGAUCUUGCACAAGAGGUGUUGAUUCCCUCUUGCAUUGAGAGUGGCCUGUCAGGAAUUCAAACAGAUUGGGGGUUGUACUCUUGGUUCUCCACGUCUUUCGAUGUUUCUUCUGAAUGGAAGGACGAGAAGGUCCUGCUUAACUUUGGAGCUGUGGAUUAUGAAGCAACCAUCUUUGUAAAUGGCCAACAAGCUGGCUUCCACCGUGGAGGUUACUACCGAUUUGACCUUGAUGUCACGGAGUACCUGAAAUUUGAUCAGCAAAAUGAGCUGCUUGUCUUCGUCCAUGAUCCUACAGAUGAUGGCGAUUAUGUUAUUCCAAUCGGAAAGCAAACCUUGCGCCCUAGCCACAUCUUUUACACCCCUUGCAGCGGCAUCUGGCAGAGUGUUUGGCUCGAGGCAGCGCCAGCCAAUCAUAUCACUCAGCUGGACCUUGAUGCAAACAUGGAUGGUCAAGUCAACAUCACCGUUCACAGCUCUGCGAAUGGGACAUCCGCACAAGCCAAGGUCACGGUCCACAAGGAUGGCGAGACCCUUGCAACUCACAGCGGGCCUACGAAUGAGCCAUUCCAGUUCACUGUUUCCUCGCCAAAGCUGUGGUCUCCCGACUCACCUAACCUUUACAAUGUGACCGUGAGCUUGGACCAAGAUGAGGUGGAGAGCUACGUCGGCUUCCGCACAAUCUCCAGAGGCGUGAUCGAUGGUGUUGAGCGACCUUUGCUCAAUGGCGAGUUUAUCUUCAUGUUCGGUACUUUGGACCAAGGCUAUUGGCCCGAUGGAUUGUACACGCCGCCAAAUCAUGAGGCAAUGGUGUAUGAUCUGAAAAUGUUGAAAGACCUGGGUUUCAACACUGUUCGCAAGCAUAUCAAAGUCGAAACCGAUCUGUUUUAUCGAGCAUGUGAUGAGAUAGGUCUUCUUGUUAUCCAAGAUAUGCCCUCGCUCCGUCCAUUGCAAGGGGUUCUUCCCAAUGCUGAGCAGCAAACUGAGUUCGCGCGCCAAUUGGAUGUGUUGGUGAACCAGUUCAAAAGCUACCCUAGCAUCGCAAUCUGGGUCAUUUACAACGAGGGCUGGGGCCAGAUCACAGAAACGUACCCCGAGUUCCAACUGACGGACCGGGUCAGACAGCUCGACCCCACUAGGCUUGUGGACUCUACAACCGGCUGGGUCGACCAUGGUGCCGGAGACUUUAGCGAUAACCACCACUACGCAAACCCCCAAUGCGGAACGCCAUUCUACUCCACAGCUUCAAGUCCGUAUGACCCUAGCCGAAUUGGGUUCCAGGGCGAAUUUGGUGGCAUCGGAAACAAUGUCUCGAUUGAGCAUCUAUGGAAUAACCAAGCGGCUAUCGAUACCAUCAAUCAGACCUACGAGAUUGAUACCACCAUCGAGGCGUGGAACUACCGUAGCCACAUCCUUCUCGGCGAGUUGGAGGAUCAAAUCAGACUGUUCGCGUGCAGUGGAGGUGUGUGGACUCAGACUACAGAUGUUGAGGGCGAAGUCAAUGGCUUGAUCACCUAUGACCGACGUGUCUCUAGGGUAGACGAGCAGCAGUGGAAGGCGGACAUUCAGGCUCUGUACGAUGCCGCCGCCGCACGGAGCAGCAACGCGACCAGGGAAAGUCUCUAA